GUCCUCCAGUCCUGCAGGAUCAGGUUCUCUUACCAGCAUCCUGCAAAGCCCAACGGAAACGGCGCCAUCAACUCUGAUUUUCUGGACAUUUAAACGCAACGUAACGAAACCAUCUCUCUAGGUUCACACACUCUCUCUCUUCGAGUCUUCGUUUUAUUUUUGUGUGCGGACUAAAACACAGACACGUUCCCCCUUGUCUCUCUCUUUCUCAAUCUCUCGCAUGAUGUACACGUGACAUGACUGAGCCAAAGCCCUACACGAGAGACCACUAUUUCUCAUUCUAAUGCUCUGAAUUUGACAUUUGGAUCCCAAGAGUGGCAACAAUUAUGGAGAUGAUGCGAAUUUCAAUUCAUCGCCGAUUGCUCUGUUCAGUUUACAAGGUCGUCUUGAGGUCCUACGUUAACAGCUGUCGAGCCGUGCUUUUGCCGCGGUUCGGCGGUCCUGAGGUGCUUCAGGUUCACUCCGAUGUCCCUGUCCCUGAUCUCAAACCCAAUGAGGUCCUCGUCCGCUCUCGAGCUGUCUCUAUCAAUCCCUUAGAUACUCGAAUGCGAUCAGGUUAUGGACGAUCUAUCUUUGAACCACUUUUACCAAUCAUUUUGGGUCGUGAUGUCAGUGGUGAAGUUGCAGCUAUUGGAGCUUCAGUGCGAUCAUUGGUUGUAGGACAAGAGGUUUUUGGUGCAUUGCAUCCAACAGCCAUAAGGGGAACCUACACUGACUAUGCAAUUCUCCCGGAGAAUGAGGUUACAGCAAAACCAAGUUCUCUUUCACACGUGGAAGCAAGUGCCAUUCCGUUUGCUGCAUUGACAGCUUGGCGUGCUCUUAAAAGUACUGCCAGGAUAAGUGAAGGACAAAGGAUAUUAGUGGUGGGUGGUGGAGGAGCAGUUGGGUUUUCUGCAAUUCAGCUUGCAGUUGCUGCUGGUUGCCAUGUUGCAACUACUUGUGGACGUGAAAGUGUUGAUCGAAUGCUAAAAGCUGGUGCUGAGCAGGCUGUGGACUAUGUUGCUGAGGUGGUGGAUGUUGAAUUGGCUAUAAGGGGCAAGUUUGAUGUUGUUUUGGAUACUAUUGGUGUACCAGAGACAGAAAGAUAUGGCAUAAACUUUCUGAAGAGAGGCGGGCACUACAUGACUCUUCAGGGUGAGGCAGCAUCAUUGGCAGAUAAUUAUGGAUUGGCUAUUGGGCUUCCUUUGGCUAAAGGUGCUGAGUUGAAAAAACAGAUUAAAUACCGAUACUCUCAUGGAAUAGAAUAUUCAUGGACAUAUAUGAGAGCGGACUUUGAAGGUUUAAUUGAGAUCCGGAAGCUAUGUGACGCUGGGAGGCUGAAGAUACCUGUGGAUAAAACUUUUCCCAUCACACAAGUGAAAGAUGCUCACGUGGCAAAAGACAAGAAGAUCAUUCCUGGUAAAGUAGUGUUAGAACUUAGUUGACGUCCUCAACAUCAUGAGCGUUGCUUCAAACCCGGAUCCUCCUCUUUUUUUCCCCCAUUCUUUUACUGUUCCCUUCCAAAAAAGUUGUUCAUUUUAUUUUAUUUUUUUGUUAAAUGGAUAGUGCCUUUUGGUCACGUGAUAGGGAAUAUCUUAUUAGUUUUUCCCGGUUCUGUCUGUAGGAUAGGAAGUGGAAGUUUUGUAAAUCUGAUUCAUAAUAUCCAAUCAUAAAUCUGUAUGUUGGUUGAGAAAGCUA